UGACAUACCAUUUACCCUUUCUCGUUUUCGACCGAAGCCAGCCAUUGAACAAUGUGGCGCUCCCAAAUUCCCAAAUUUAAAUCCUCGGUUCCAGCCUUCCUCAUUUCCUCCUUCAGCCUGAAACCGCUGCCAGUUUGCGCCAUGGAGUGGCCCUGUUGUAGGUGCACCUUCCUCAAUCCUUCCUCCGAGAAAUCAUCUUGUCAAGUAUGCCUGACUCCCAAAUCUUCCCCUUCUCCCUCCAAGACCAUACAGGAAUCGUCGUUAGCUUCUUCUUUUUCUUCUGCACCAACACCACCAUCCUCAUCCCAAUGGCCAUGCAUGGUCUGCACCUUUCUGAACCCUCUGGGCGCCACCAGGUGUGGAAUCUGCAGCACCACUAAGACCGAAACUACCUCUCUUCUGGAUGACGAUGACGACGUACCGGAUGAUUCUGUUGGGUCUGUCUUUCGCCCCUUGAAGCGCUGCAAUCUAGCUCGACAAUCUGACAAGCCGUCCGGUGAACCAAGCGGAGCGCCGGCAAACUCCGAUGUAUUGAGUUCGGUCGAGUACGCCAAUAACGAACUGUUGCGGGAGCUUCACGCCGAGAAACGGGCAAGGAUGGAAGCCUUGAAGUCGGACCAAUCCAUUGGCCUUACUGAACCAUGUCAAGAAUUGGACACCAUGACAAUCUUGACAUACAAUGUUUGGUUCAGGGAAGAUCUAGAGUUGAAUGAGAGGAUGCGGGCACUUGGUGAACUCAUCAAACAGCAUGAUCCGCACGCCAUUUGUUUGCAGGAAGUCACACCCGACAUAUAUGAAAUUUUUAAGAAAUCAAGUUGGUGGAAUGCAUACCACUGCUCAGUGUCAGAUAGAUUGGCAUCUGUAAGGCCUUACUUUUGCAUGCAGCUGAGCAAGCUAUCAGUAAAAGGAUUCUAUCGCUACCCAUUCAACAAUUCCAUAAUGGGAAGGGAACUCUGCUUGGCUGACCUUGAUGUUGGUGCGGGGAAGCAGUUGGUAGUUGCCACCAGUCACCUUGAAAGUCCUUGCCCUGCACCCCCAAGAUGGGACCAAAUGUACAGCAAAGAACGCAUUGUCCAGGCAAAUGAAGCUUUAGAACGACUUAAGGCUUUCCCAAAUGCCAUAUUCUGUGGUGACAUGAAUUGGGAUGACAAGUUAGAUGGCACCUUUCCAUUAGUUGAAGGGUGGAUUGAUGCUUGGCUUGAGCUUAGGCCUGGAGAAAAUGGUUGGACGUAUGAUACAAAAGGAAAUGAGAUGUUGUCAGGUAAUAGGACGUUGCAGAAGCGGUUGGACAGAGUCAUGUGCAAUUUGAGAGAUUUUCAGAUAGCCAGUAUUGAUAUGAUUGGGCAGGAAGCAAUUCCAGGACUAUCAUAUUGCAAGGAGAAGAAAGCGAAGAACACUGUGAAGAAACUGGUGCUCCCAGUCUUGCCAAGUGAUCACUAUGGACUGCUCUUGAAAAUAGAGCAGAAGCAUGGGAAACUAGCACAGAAAUGACUUCUGCACGAACAGAAGUGCAUGAAAUCCCCUGGAUGACCUGCAACUGGUUUGGUUUGGUAUUUUGCUGUGAAAUCGUUCUCUUUUUUGUGAUCUAAACGUUGGAUGCUUUAACGUCAAGAAAGGCCAGAGCACCGACAGAGGAUGACUGAAUGAUACUCUGAUCCUAGACCUUUGUGCUUCUAGUUCUAAACCGUUAUCCAACCGUAUGUCUUUGUAGAUAAUCUUGAUGACAUUUAAUGUUACUUACAGUAUAGGCUGAUGGUCAUUUUGCUAAUGUGUAUGUGGUUGCUAACUUGAUGGCAUGAUACAAAUGUAAUCUCUUUCUUUUGCCGGGUUCGUUCUCUUUGUUUUA